AUGAGCGCACAGCAGCCCAGUAUAUCCGAGAUGCGCGAGAUGCACGAACUCCUGGACAAUUUUUUGCGUGGCGACGUCGCAGAAGCUCAGCCAGAGCUCAUCCAUGCUGUCAAAGCCCUGUUUAAAGCAGAACCGGAGUACCGCAAACCUACCACAAUCAUUCCCACACAUGAAGUAGAUACGCGUCAUGAAUACGCUAUCAAGAUCGAGGAACAGAUUCUCAAGCACCGUCCAGACUUCGAGUUUACUGAGGUUCAUUUAGUCGGCAUCAUGGUUACUCCUCUACAUAACCUUGAGCCCGGUGGUUAUCUCUCAUACCGCCAACACUGGCACGAUUUGGCCUACAAGAUGAACUCACUACGUUGCCUGGUGAAGCGAUACCUUCUCCAGAAACCCGAAACCCCUGAGUCGUACGCUGUAGUCGCGACAACAACAGGUCCACGUCACUUGACAAGUAUGAGCAAAAAAAGGGCCAGAUCUGUAUCAAAUAAAUCGAAAUCGACAUCUCGCAAAACACGGUCUUCCAAGAAGAAUGAAGACCCUGACGCCGCCUUCCUCCCGCCCAGCGACAGUGAGAACGAAAAGAAACUCUGUCGACAACGUGACCACUACAGAUGCAUUUUUAUGCAGACUGCCGAGGGAGAAUGCGCUCAUAUUAUUCCUCAAAGAUGGAAUGAUACGAGAGAGAACGUGAACCUAACAGAAAAGGUCAUUCAUGUCGCCCGGAUGUUCCUAGACGAAGAUACCUUAUUCAACCACGCAGACCUUUUUGCUCACCCUGACGACGUGGGUACUACCGAUAAAUGUUGGAAUAUGCUGUAUUUUAACAGGCAACUCCAUUGGUAUUUGGAUCACACAUCGAUCGGGUUCAAGUGCCUUGGUAUCGAUCCUUGUGAAGACGACAAAACAAAAGCAGUCGUCGUCAUCCAACUCAACUGGCUACACCGUUCCAAAGAUAAGCCCAAGAUCGUUACCAGUAAGGGCGACGCAAAUGAUUUCGACAAGCUGAUCAACGGACUGCGACAAUUUGAAGAAGAUGGCAGACCCGCCCGUGUUGAACCUGGGCAAGGCAUGUUCGCGGCGGUACGAGUUAACAACAACGUACCUCUCAUAUCCGGCCAUAUUGCCCGUAUAGAGAUGCCAAUUGCAGAUGCUGUAAAGUGCCAGGUUAUGUUGGAUUUGGCCUGGGCCUUGAGCGUCGUUGCCGCCAUGAGUGGUGCGGCUGACUGGCCAAACCUCCUUCCUGAUCACGACGACUGGGACGAAAUCAGGCAAAAGGCUGCUGUUGAACGAUGGGUUGAAGACCAAGCACGACGUCAUCUUGUGUCGCCAGAGCAGACUGACACCUCUGAUUUCCUGCCUCACACCUCCGAUCUCCAACAUCGCAUGCCAGACCGUCCAUCUCAUACCUCUGAUCUCCAACCUCGCACGCCAGACCGUCCGCCGUACAGUCCAGAUCGCCUACCUUACACUCCACGUCAGCCGCCAGCAGGAAGACUACAGUCACCAAUACCUCUAGGCGAAAUCACCAACCGAUCCCGCCAGGAUAGCUCUCCUGAGAAACGAAAGUUGAGACUUGAGGUGCUUGGCCAACGAACAGAGACAAGCUCGCGUAGAGACGACUCUCCUCACAAGGGGAUUCUCCUCGCAAGUAGGAUGUCAAAAGCUGAAAAAGACGGCGUCAAGUAUUUGACAGAGGGUGUUCACGAGUUUACCUUGGCAACCGGCGCAUUUCUGAAGCUGUAUGCAAGUCCCUGGACUCCUGUAUACGGUGGCUGGGCUUUCCAGUACGGCAACGGUCAUGACUUUGAUAUCCCUUCAGGGAUGGACGUGGCCGUGAUUCAUGGCCCUCCUCAAGGUAUCCUCGACUUUGCGGGUAUGACGGGUACCCACGCUGGAUGUUCAGAACUUCUUGCAACCGUUGCUCGUGCGAAACCCAAGAUUCAUUGCUUUGGGCAUAUCCAUGAAGCAUGGGGAAUGCAUCAUGUAACCUGGGAUGGUAACGAAAUCGAUCAAGAUCGGUCACGACAGCUUGGGCUUAAAGGGCUGCGACCGAACCGGGUGACACAGGACAAAGAGACAGCCCAGAUGACGAGGGAGAACCUCAUUGAAAUGAGCAAGCAAAGAGCUGUUCAGCUUGACUUGACUCAAGGCGAUACUCAGGUAGUUCCAGGCAAGCAGACGUUAUUUGUAAAUGCGGCGAUCAUGAGUAUCAGAUAUCGACUAGUACAGCUGCCGUGGCUCAUCGAUAUUGACUUGAAAAGGGCCGAACAAUUAGCCCAAGUAUGA